GUCUGCACAUUCUACACUGACACAGGGCUGCCACUACACUAACACAGUCCUGCCACUACGCACCCGCUCUCAUCAAUUACAUUCGAAUAGACAAUCGGGAAGCUUGGCUUGAUCAUUGACUGAGAACGCUACAACCCCCAGCACUCACCAUGGCGGGCAUUCAGCUCCGUGACGAGGCGGUGCGAGACCGCGUUCGCGCAGCGCAAGACUUCCUCGACCCAAAUGACCCACGAGCGCGCAGCUACCGGGCGGACAUCCUGCUCAUGCUCAACCGUGGAUUGCGACGACUCACCGUGAGCAUCGACGAGAUCCGCUCACACAGUCGCGAACUCGCAGACGGCCUGCUCAAUGCGCCUUUCGACUUCUCGCAAGCCUUCGACCGCGCGCUCAAGGACAUUGUCAAGACGCUCGGCAACCGACCGUCGCAUGAAACGGCAGAUGAGACGAUGUACUACUGCGCCUACAUUGGCAGCUUUGGCGAGUAUGCGUGCAAUCCGCGGACUUUGUCCUCGCACUAUCUCAACCACAUGGUGUCGCUGGAAGGCAUCGUCACAAAGUGCUCGCUUGUCCGGCCGAAAGUGGUGAAGAGCGUGCAUUAUAAUGAGAACAAGAAUACCUUCCACUUUCGGGAGUACCGGGAUCAGACGAUGACGAUGAACGGCGCAGCGAGCACGAGCGUGUACCCUACGCAGGACGAAGAGGGCAACCCGCUCGUCACGGAGUAUGGCUACUGCUCGUACCGCGAUCAUCAGACCAUCUCCAUCCAGGAGAUGCCAGAGAGAGCGCCUGCUGGCCAGCUGCCGCGUGGCGUGGACGUAGUCAUGGAUGACGACAUGGUCGACAGAGUCAAGCCUGGCGACAGAAUACAACUGGUCGGCAUUUACCGGUCGCUGGGUAAUCGCAAUGCCGGGACCGGUAGCUCGACGUUCAAAACGCUGAUCCUGGCGAACAAUGUCAUCCUGCUUUCUUCGAAGUCUGGGGGUGGUAUCGCGCAAGCUGUUAUUACUGAUACGGACAUUCGAAACAUCAAUAAGAUCUCGAAGCAACGGAGAGUAUUCGAUCUGCUCUCGCAGUCGCUUGCGCCGAGUAUUUACGGGCACGACUACAUUAAGAAGGCGAUCCUUCUCAUGCUGCUGGGCGGUAUGGAGAAGAACCUCGACAACGGCACCCAUUUGCGCGGCGACAUCAACAUUCUCAUGGUUGGUGACCCGUCAACGGCUAAGUCGCAGUUGCUUCGAUUCGUCUUGAACACUGCUCCAUUAGCUAUCGCCACAACAGGUCGAGGGUCUUCGGGCGUCGGUCUUACAGCAGCCGUAACGACCGACAAAGAGACCGGUGAGCGAAGACUAGAGGCCGGCGCUAUGGUGCUUGGUGACAGAGGCGUCGUCUGUAUAGACGAGUUCGACAAGAUGUCCGACGUCGAUCGGGUGGCCAUCCACGAAGUCAUGGAGCAACAGACCGUCACUAUUGCGAAAGCGGGCAUUCACACCUCGCUCAACGCUCGAUGUUCUGUCAUUGCCGCCGCAAAUCCUAUCUACGGCCAGUACGACAUCCACAAGGAUCCUCACCGAAACAUCGCUCUCCCCGACUCUCUCCUCUCACGAUUCGAUCUGCUUUUUGUAGUCACAGACGACAUUGAAGACGUCCGCGACCGGCAAGUCUCCGAGCACGUCCUGCGCAUGCACCGCUACCGCCAGCCAGGCACCGAAGAAGGCGCGCCCGUUCGCGAGCAACCCAAUCAAACACUCGGUGUUGGCCUCGAAGACGCAGCAGACGCCAAUAAGCCCAGCGAAGUCUACGAGAAGUUCAACGUCAUGCUGCAUGCCGGUGUCACUAUAACAGUAGGCCGCGGCUCACAACGGAGAGUCGAGGUGCUCAGCAUACCGUUCAUUAAGAAGUACAUUCAAUACGCCAAGUCGCGCAUCAAGCCUAUCCUUACCAAAGGCGCUGCAGACCACAUCGUGGCGACUUACAGCGCGCUAAGAAACGAUGAGAUGGAGGGUAAUCAACGGAAGACCAGUCCAAUGACGGCUCGUACGCUUGAGACGCUUAUUCGGUUGGCGUCCGCCCAUGCGAAGGCGAGGCUUUCGACUCGCGUUGAGGAGAAGGAUGCGGAGGUUGCAGAAGGGAUUCUUCGAUUUGCUUUGUUCAAGGAGGUUGUUGAGGAUGAGCGCAGACGGCGGAAGAAGGCCAGAAGGUCACCUGAUGCCGAGGCGAUGGAUACUGACGAUGAAGACGACAACUCGGACGAUGAUGGCGAGGGAGGCGAUGGCGCAUACCGACCUGGCGCGGCGCGGCGAGGCACUCCGCGGACUCCAGGACGGGGUACAAGGGGGACUGCUAACGGAAUGAACGGCGUCAAUGGGCAUGCAGAGACUAACGGCCACACUGCCCCAGGCGCAGACGGAGACGAACAGGAAGAGGACCUUUACAACUCCACCCCUGCUAAAACACAGCGUACGAGUCAGCCCAACGGCAGCGGCCUCGACAACUCGCAGGAUGCCAGCCAAGUCAGCAUGGCCUCCUCACGGCCCGCUUCGCAAUUACUGCAGGAUGAAUCGCAGACACAAAGCCAACCAAACGGAGAGGAGGCGGCUACUCGGCGAAUCGGUCCGGCCAGAGUGCAAGCCUUCCAAACAGCGCUAGGUCAACUGAUAGAUGGUCCGUUAUUUGCGAACGAUGCUGCGGACGUUGAACCGCUUAUUGCUGCUGUCAAUGCGAGACUAAUGGGUGGCGAGGCGAGGUUUACGGAGACGGAGGCGAUGGAGGCGCUGGAGGAGUUGAAUGAGCGGAACAAGAUCAUGUUGAGCGGUGGGAUUGUUUACAAGAUAUAGAUGUGCGUCGGAUUCAGCAGGUUGGGAUGAGCGUUGCGUUAAUGAAUGAGAACAUGGCUAUCUUCCCGCUGCCUCGUGCCGUGGAUCGUCCCAUUGACGCU